AUGUCAACAGAGGAAGUAGUAAAUGAGGAAGAGCAGAUGGAGGUGAAUGAGGAAAGUGCACAGCAAGAAACUUCUGAGGAUGUCAAAAUGGCACAAGAAGAAGAUGAGGAGGAUGAGAUGGAGGCUGAAGAGGGAGAGGAUAGCCUCGAGUCAAAGUUCGAAGCAGACUCCUUCAAGAGAUUCGAGUUAUUGCUAAAGAAAACAGAGAAUUUCUCGCACUGCCUCAGUGCAGGGGAUGUCGCAGCUUACAAAGGUAGAUCACCGUGUGAAGAAGAGCGGGGAAGAACUGCCAAGACUGGAAUUGAAGGUGACCACAGACAUAGGAAAACCGAGCAGGAAGAAGAUGAGGAGAUGGCUGAGGCUGCUGUCAGAGAAGACACCAUAAUGGUCUUCGAUAAGAACCCAUUUUAUAUUCUGAAUGGUGAAAUUAAGCAAUUACCAUUCAUGUUCCAUUAUAGAGAUUACCAAGUGCGUGGGCUGAAUUGGCUAAUUUCACUUCAGCAUAAUGGUAUCAAUGGAAUUCUCGCUGAUGAGAUGGGUCUGGGGAAGACGCUGCAGACGAUUGCUCUUCUCGGAUAUAUGAAACACUACAAAAACAUGGCUAGCCCUCAUCUAGUAAUCGUCCCGAAGUCGACGCUGAAAAAUUGGAUGAACGAAUUUGCAAAAUGGUGUCCUUCUAUCGUAACUUGUUGCGUGAUAGGAGACGAGAAGGAGAGGAAUGAUGUAAUUCACAAUGUGAUUUUACCACAAAAGUUUGAUGUCUGCUGUACCACCUACGAGAUGGUGCUGAAAGUGAAAACCCAAUUAAAGAAGUUGGUAUGGAAGUAUAUCAUCAUAGACGAAGCUCACAGGAUCAAGAACGAAAAGUCGAAGGUGCUUCAACCCUUCCUUCUACGCCGAAUAAAGUCUGACGUAGAAAAGUCCCUUUUGCCUAAAAAGGAAGUCAAGAUCUAUGUGGGCCUGUCGAAAAUGCAACGAGAGUGGUAUACAAAAGUUCUUAUGAAGGACAUCGACGUUAUAAAUGGAGCUGGAAAGGUUGAGAAAGCAAGGCUGAUGAAUAUUUUGAUGCACUUGCGUAAGGCAGCUAAUCACCCUUAUCUUUUCGACGGAGCUGAACCUGGCCCACCAUACACAACGGAUCAACACCUUGUUGAUAACAGUGGGAAAAUGGUUGUGCUGGAUAAACUGCUCGCAAAACUCAAGCAACAAGGUAAUUUUCACCUCGGGUGUGUUUAUCAUGA